AUGGCGGCCGUGACUUGGCGUGCUAGGAAACGAUGUUUUGAAGUUCUUCAACAACGCAGCCUUCGCUUAAUCCAAACGAACGCCUCAUUAAAAUGCUCAGGAGAUUUAAAAUGCUCUCAUUUGCGAAAGAGAGGACUGUUGAAAGUGAGGGGAAGAGAUUCCGUAAAGUUUCUGCAGGGACUCAUCACAAACAAUGUGGAGUCUUUCCACAAGAAUGUAGAACGAAAAGCGAUGUACGGUGUAUUUUUGAACGCCAAUGGUCGCACAUUAUACGACACUGUUCUCUAUAAACACGAUAGAAGUGGCGACGUACCUGCAUUCUUUCUUGAGUGUGAUGUUAGUGUGAUUCCAGACCUUACAAAACAUUUGAAGAUGUUCAAACUACGCUCGAAAGUCGACAUCAUUCAUGCAGAAGAUUACGCGCCGUGGGUGAUAUUUUCAAUGUCAGGGACUAUUGACUUCAAAGAUGUGUCGAGUAACUCGGAUAUUAAAGUGCUGGUGAAGGAUCCUAGAGUUGAGCAGCUAGGAUUUCGUGCGGUGUUGCCUAAGGGCUUAAGUCCAUGUGUUUGUCUUGAAGAUGUCUACGAGACAGGAGAUAGCUUUGAAUAUGACGUACUGAGAGCUAAACUGGGAAUUUGCGAGGGAGUGGAUGAAAUACCACCGGGAAAUGCAAUGCCCUUGGAAUACAACAUUGCAUAUCUUAACGGAGGUAUAACUUUCAACUUAGGAACAGGUCAUCAUUCAUUGUCUGGCAGGUGGAGGAUCACAUAGUUUUCUUGGGGGAUCAGAAGGGGGAGGGAAGGAUCAGUCACCGCCAAAAAGAGUUUAGGGGGAGGGACUUUAAAAAAUCAACUGCCAAAAGAGGGGGGAAGGAUCAUAAUAAUAUUAUGGAGUCUUCUUAGGGGGAUCAGGUAAACUUAAUCAUGACUCAACCAAAAUCUUCCAACCCUAACCAUAACCCCCUCCCCAACCACACUCACACACAACAAAUAAUAUUAAUUUUAUUACUUUGUUCUUUUCCUAGUUUCUUUCAACAAAGGCUGUUAUCUUGGACAAGAACUUACAGCUAGGACUCAUCACACUGGAGUCAUUAGGAAGUUUAACGGUUCCAUUUAA